CCUUAUAUCUUCCUUUUCUACGCCUUUCAUACUCCCUCUCUCUCCAGUAUCUCUCCCGGAUCCGCCGUCUCCUUAUAAAAAUCUAUCAGCUCUACUCUUAUUGCAGAGUUUUCUUCUUCAUUGCUUCUCUCUCGUGAUAACACGAUUGAGAGAUCCAGAUCGUCUUAGUUGUUGAGAUGGCAACAUCAAAAGGUGGAGCCACGGGAUGGUACAGCGCAAAAGUGAAAGCUGUUCCGUCGGGGGACUCUCUGGUUUUAACAGCCAAGUCCAGCAACAAGCCUGGCCCUCCACCGGAAAGGACCAUCACUCUGUCUUCUCUUAUCGCUCCAAGAAUGGCCCGAAGAGGAGGCGUUGAUGAGCCCUUUGCCUGGGAGAGCAGGGAGUUUUUGAGGAAGCUAUGCAUAGGAAAGGAUGUCAUAUUUAAGAUAGAUUAUGCUGUACCUUCCAUUGGCAGAGAAUUUGGGAGUGUGUUCGUAGAUGACCAAAAUGUUGGAGCGUUAAUUGUUUCGGAAGGCUGGGCAAAGGUCAGGGAGCAGGGUCAGCAGAAAGGCGAGGCCAGUCCUUUUCUUGCUGAAUAUCAACUUCUUGAAGAACAAGCUAAGCAAAAUGGUCGGGGACGAUGGAGUAAGGCACCUGGUGCUGCUGAGGCAUCCAUCAGAAAUCUACCUCCCUCUGCUAUUGGUGAUCCUAGUAACUUGGAUGCCAUGGGUCUUCUUGCUGCAAACAAAGGCAGACCCAUGCAAGGCAUUGUUGAGCAAGUUCGUGAUGGCAGCACUGUCCGAGUCUAUUUGCUUCCAGAUUUUCAGUUUGUCCAGGUGUUUGUUGCUGGAAUCCAGGCCCCUUCAAUGGGUAGAAGAGCAGCAUCAGAUACUGCUAUGGAAAAAGGACUAAACUCUGAGCAAAAUGGAGAUGCUUCUGAAACUCAAGCCCCUUUAACCUCUGCACAGAGACUUGCAGUCUCUACAGUAUCUACGGAAGUUGCUCCUGAUCCAUUUGGAAUAGAUGCCAAAUAUUUUACUGAGCAACGUGCUUUAAAUAGAGAUGUCCGUAUUGUCCUGGAAGGAGUUGAUAAAUUCAGCAACUUGAUCGGAUCAGUUUAUUACCCAGAUGGGGAAUCAGCAAAGGACCUGGCUCUGGAUCUUGUAGAAAAUGGUCUAGCUAAAUAUGUUGAAUGGAGUGCAAACAUGAUGGAAGAUGAUGCUAAGCGGCGGCUGAAGAAUGCAGAACUUCAAGCCAAGAAAAGCCGCUUGAGGAUCUGGACAAAUUAUGUGCCCCCUCCCACAAAUUCAAAAGCAAUUCAUGACCAGAACUUCACAGGAAAGGUAGUGGAAGUUGUAAGUGGCGAUUGCAUUAUUGUGGCUGAUGAUUCUGUCCCAUAUGGAAGUCCAUUGGCAGAAAGGCGGGUCAAUCUAUCAAGUAUCAAGUGUCCAAAAAUGGGUAAUCCUCGUAGAGAUGAAAAACCAGAGAACUAUGCUCGGGAAGCAAAGGAUUUCCUGAGACGUCGCCUUAUUGGGCAACAAGUGAAUGUGCAAAUGGAAUACUCUAGGAAGGUUACCAUGGGAGAUGGACCAACAGCUGUUGCUGGGUCUGGGGAUUUGAGAGUGAUGGAUUUUGGAUCAGUUUUUGAGUUGUCUUCUAAUGGGGGUGAUGCGGAUGAAGUGUCACUACCUUCAUCAGCUACUGGAAGUCAGCAAGCUGGGGUUAAUGUUGGUGAGUUGAUGGUUUCCCGUGGCUAUGGCACUGUGAUUCGGCAUAGGGACUUUGAGGAACGAUCGAACUAUUAUGACGCUCUUCUUGCUGCUGAGUCACGUGCUUCUGCUUCGAAGAGAGGAGUGCAUUCUAGCAAGGAACCUCCAGUUACACAUAUAACAGAUCUUACCACGGCAUCAGCCAAGAAAGCUAGAGAUUUCUUGCCCUUCCUGCACCGAAAUAGGAAAAUUUCUGCUGUUGUGGAAUAUGUGCUUAGCGGUCACCGUUUUAAGCUUUUGAUUCCCAAGGAAACAUGCAGCAUUGCCUUUUCAUUCUCUGGUGUCAGGUGUCCUGGUCGCGAUGAACCAUAUUCAGAUGAAGCAAUUGCACUAAUGAGACGUAGGAUAAUGCAGAGAGAAGUUGAGAUUGAAGUAGAAACUGUUGAUAGAACUGGAACUUUCUUGGGAUCCCUGUGGGAGUCAAGGACUAACAUAGCAGUGGUUCUUCUUGAAGCUGGCCUUGCGAAGUUACAAACUUCCUUUGGCAUUGACAGGAUCCCUGAUGCUCAUCUUCUUGAGCAGGCUGAGCUAUCUGCAAAAAAGAAGAAACUGAAAAUUUGGGAGAAUUAUGUUGAAGGAGAGGAAGUCUCUAAUGUACCAACUGUUGAAAGCAAACAGAAAGAAGUGAUAAAGGUGGUGGUUACAGAAGUCCUAGGUGGUGGUCGGUUUUAUGUCCAGUCAGUUGGGGAUCAAAAAGUUGCCUCUAUUCAGCAACAGCUUGCGUCCCUGAAUCUCCAAGAAGCGCCUGUUAUUGGUGCUUUUAAUCCUAAGAAGGGAGACAUUGUUCUUGCUCAGUUUAGUGCGGAUAAUUCAUGGAACCGAGCAAUGAUUGUGAAUGCACCUCGUGGAGCUGUGGAAUCCAUGAAAGACAAGUUUGAGGUAUUCUACAUUGAUUAUGGAAAUCAGGAGGAGGUUACAUACAGUCAGUUACGGCCUCUUGACCCUUCAGUGCCCUUGGCACCUGGUCUUGCUCAGCUGUGCAGUCUUGCAUAUAUUAAGGUUCCAGACGUGGAAGAGGAUUGUGGUCCAGAAGCAGCCGAGUAUUUGAGUGCUCAUACGUUAAGCACUUCAAAAGAGUUCAGGGCUAAGGUAGAGGAAAGGGAUACUUCUGGUGGAAAAGUUAAAGGACAGGGAACUGGGCCAAUUCUCAUUGUAACCCUGGUUGCUGUGGAUUCUGAGAUCAGCAUAAAUGCGUCCAUGGUUCAGGAAGGACUUGCUAGGAUCGAAAAGAGGAAGAAGUGGGACUCCAAGGAAAGACAGAUAGCCCUUGAUAAUUUGGAGAAGUUCCAAGAUGAAGCACGUGCUGAUAGACGCGGGAUAUGGAUGUAUGGAGAUAUCCAGUCAGAUGAUGAGGAAAUGGCUCCUCCUGUUCGAAAGGUUGGUGGUCGUCGAUGACCAAAUUAUUCACUUGAGGUAGACUGGAGAAAAGUGAAACAAAAAACUGCAACUGGCCUGAGAUGAGUUAAGUUAUAGGCAAUAUCAUUCCAUUUUAGAAUGAGAGCAAACAAAUAUUGCAGCUUAAAACUGAAGUUUUGUAUUUUUUUUCUUAAUUUUAUUUUUCAAAAAUUUCCUUUUAGGUGAGGGACAAUUUUUUUUUACACGUCUUAAUAAGGUAAACUAAAUCCAGUUGUUUGAGUUGCGUUGUGAAAAAUUAUAAACAAGUUUUGCUGCGAACUGGAGUUUAUAAUGUUGGUAUUCGUCUUUCUUGGUGCUUUCUCUA